GGCAGCCUUGUCUAUGGGGACUGUCCCUGGUGCAUUAUUGUACAAAUCAUAAAGACAAUGAACAUAAAAAAAAAUAAUGAGACCCAUGCCUCUAAUCAUGUCACUUAACUUAUUUCAUGAUCUGUAGACUGUAAUAUAAUAUAGCUUAACCUUUUGCCUAAAAAUUUCACCUGGUGAGGAUUCGCUUCCCCCCAACAGCAGCAGCAAACAGAGCUGUCUUCAUGCAUUUCAUUUUCUGGUUUUGGUGUUUUGGGUCUGCAGUGAGUCACUGUUUUUAGCAAUUUGAAGAAUUUAUGGGUCAGAAAUAGAAACAAAAACAGUUAAGAGGUAGCAUACUAGCAUGGCGUAGAAAAUUAAAGACUCAAAACAGGGCAACAGAAGUACGGUGACAUUUUACUGCAACUUUGCGUCUCAAGAUUGGCCUUCUUCAGGGUCAACAUGCAGUCCAACCAUGCGCGCUGAGCUUAAAGCUUCUACACACCGCCAACCUUCUGUUUCAUUCUCGUAGCCUUAUUCUCAGAAGACCCAGAAAAGAAAUUAGCCAAGAAGCUUUCACCGGUCGGCAUGUGGAUUCGCCGGCGGGAGAAUCUCCUGAGAUUAGUCUUCCUCUGUUCCCUCUGCUUCCUCUGCCUGAUUUAUCCUGUUAAACCCGACGAGCUUCAGAUUCUCCUCGAGUUCAAGUCCGCGUUUGACAAAUCAAGCUCCAAUGUUUUUGGUUCAUGGGAACAACACAUCCUUUCUUGCAAUUUCACCGGAAUAGUCUGCAACUCCGACGGGCUCGUAAGGGAGAUCAAUCUUCCGGGAGAGGAACUGGUCGGAGUUGUUCCUUUCGACUCAAUAUGUGGGCUCAAAUCGUUGGAGAAAAUCUCUCUUGAGUCGAAUUCUCUGAACGGUAGCAUCACCGAAGGCUUAAGAAACUGUACGAGGCUGCAGUACUUGGAUUUGAGUAAGAAUUUUAUUUCUGGAGAAGUGCCGGAUUUGUCUACUUUGCGUGAUUUGAAGUUCUUGAAUCUAAAUGGAAGUGCAUUUUCCGGAAUUUUUCCUUGGAAAUCACUGCAAAAUCUUACCAAUCUUACUUUCUUGAGCCUUGGAGACAACCCAUUUGAUUGGAGUCCAUUUCCUCUGGAAGUGCUAAAGCUUGAGAAACUGUCGUGGCUGUAUCUUACAAACUGCAGCCUAGAGGGACAAAUCCCGGAAGGGAUUGGAAAUCUUACAAAGCUAAAAAAUCUUGAGCUCUCUGACAACCAACUGUUCGGUGAAAUUCCUAUGGGGAUUACCAAACUUGUGAAUUUAUGGCAGCUUGAGCUCUACAACAACCAAUUAACGGGAAAGCUUCCAACGGGAUUUGGAAACCUCACGAGCCUCGUGAACUUUGAUGCUUCACAGAAUCGCCUCGAAGGCGAUCUAUCCGAGCUAAAGCUCUUGAGAAACCUUUCUUCUUUGCAACUAUUCGAAAACCAGUUAUCCGGAAAGAUUCCUGAGGAGUUUGGGGAGUUUGAGAACCUGGUGGAGCUCUCACUUUACACCAACAAGCUCUCUGGUUCUCUCCCGAGAAAGCUCGGUUCCUGGGCGAACUUCAUGUUUAUUGACAUUUCUGAGAACUUCCUCACUGGCUCUAUACCACCGGAUAUGUGCAAGAACGGUCAAAUGACUGAUCUUCUCUUGCUCCAGAACAAACUCACUGGAGGAAUUCCUGCAACAUACUCGAACUGUUUGUCGCUUGUUCGCUUGCGAGUAAACAACAAUUCGCUUUCGGGUACAGUCCCCGCUGGAAUAUGGAGAUUGCCAAACCUUUCAAUAAUUGAUCUUACUUUGAAUCAGUUUGAAGGCCCGGUGACAAAUGACAUUGGAAGUGCUAAUUCACUUGCUCAAAUUUUCCUAGCUAACAAUCGAUUCUCUGGCGAAUUGCCAGCGGCAUUGUCGAAAGCUUCAUCCCUGGUUUCUAUUGGGUUGAGCUCAAAUCAGUUUUCGGGUGAAAUUCCGGCAAAUAUGGGAAAAUUAAAAAGCUUGAAUAGUCUUCAUUUGGAAGGUAACAUGUUCUCUGGUGCCAUACCAGACUCUCUAGGUUCCUGUGCUUCUCUCAAUGACAUAAACCUGGCAGGAAAUUCUCUGUCUGGCGAAAUACCAGCAAGUCUUGGAUCCUUACCGUCUCUGAACUCGUUAAACUUGUCAAAUAACGAGCUUUCCGGUGGAAUCCCAGCGAGUUUAGCAUCCUUGAAACUUAGCCUUCUGGAUCUAUCAAAUAAUAGAUUAACAGGCCGCAUACCGGAUUCUCUGUCUAUUGAAGCAUACAAAGUUAGCUUUUCCGGAAACCCUGGCCUAUGCAGUCAGAGUGUUAGAAAUUUCCCACCUUGUUCAUUUGAUUCCAGAAAGUCCAGCAGCCUCAAAACAUUCAUAUCUUGCUUCAUAUCUGGAACAAUUGUCUUACUUGUCUCACUUGGAUGUUUCCUUUUCAUGAAGUUGCGGGCAAAAGAUCGCGAUGGUUCAGUGAGUGCAACAGUUUCCUGGGAUAUGAAACCGUUCCAUGUAGUAAGUUUCACCGAGCAAGAAAUCAUCAACUCAAUCAAACAGGAGAAUUUAAUCGGCAAAGGAGGGUCUGGGAAUGUGUACAAAGUUGCACUUAAGAAUGGGAAUGUGCUAGCAGUGAAGCACAUAUGGAGGUCCUACUCCACAGAUCAAAAGAACGGUCAAAGCAGCGCAGCAAUGCUCACAAAGCAAAAGGGGCGAUUGCCUGAAUAUGAUGCAGAGGUAGAAACCUUGAGCUCAAUUAGGCAUGUGAACGUUGUGAAGCUAUAUUGCAGCAUCUCUAGCGAGGAUUCAAGCCUGCUUGUGUACGAGUACUUGCCCAAUGGGAGCUUGUGGGAUCGGUUACACACAUGCCAGAAAAUGAAGAUGGGUUGGGAGGUGAGGUACGAUAUUGCAGUUGGGGCUGCAAGGGGAUUAGAAUAUCUGCACCAUGGGUGUGAUAGGCCAGUGAUCCACCGUGACGUCAAGUCGAGUAACAUUUUGCUCGAUGAGCAUUUGAAACCUAAAAUUGCUGAUUUUGGUCUGGCCAAAAUUAUGCAGGCUAAUGGAUGUUGGCACUCAACAGAGAUUAUUGCAGGGACACAUGGGUACAUAGCUCCUGAAUAUGCAUACACAUACAAGGUGAACGAGAAGAGCGAUGUCUAUAGCUUUGGGGUGAUCCUAAUGGAAUUGGUCACAGGGAAAAGGCCAAGCGAGCUAGAAUAUGGAGAGAACAAGGACAUAGUGUUCUGGAUUUGGAGCAAGAUUGGGAGCAAAGAGGAUGUGCUUGACGCGGUGGACUCGGACUUCUCAGAGGCCCAAAAGGAAGAUGCCAUCAAGGUGUUAAGGAUUGCAGUUCAAUGCACAGCCAAGUUCCCAGCCUUAAGACCAUCCAUGAGAAUGGUAGUUCAAAUGCUAGAAGAAGCUGUGCCCUGUAAACUCGCCAAAGUAUCUGUUAAAAUAGAAGGCGAGAAAUAAUCUGAAAAUGUGGCUGCUGGGCUUGGAAAGAAUGGAUACUAAUGCCGAGAUUGGGAGAAUACAACAGUCUAUUUGAUCUCAGUUUAUGAAAUGUGAAGUCAUGCUCAGUAGUUGUGGAGAAAACGCUUCAGGCCAUGCUUUAAAGGUUAGAUGUAUCUCUCUGGAUCUUACCUGAAAAAAGGAAGGUAAGAGUUUCUGUGUAUCAUAUUCUCGACAAAUUUUCCUAGGAAGGCAAUUAAGAUUUGGUGUGGGUUUCAUUUUC